AUGCUUUUUGUAUAUAACUUCUCGCUGACUCCUCUCUCGAUCGGUGCAGACGUGCUUGUCAUCCCUAUUAUAAAGCCGAGUACUUGGCAAGGCGGAGCUGCAGUCGAUUCCGGUGCCAUGCUUUCCCGAAACCUAAAAGGAGAUGCAGACUUGGUGCUUGCUUGUCCUCGCUGUGAUCCAACAGACUGGCACCUGGAUGAAUUACCUGUCAAGUCUGAGCGAUGGAUUCGACACGCGGUCGGUCGCGUCAUCUGUCUUAGUGUCAUGCGUCAGAGGUUCUGUUUCAGUCAAGUGCUUAUUGCCACCUCAACUGCCUUAGCACCACAAAUUGAUCCAUAG